UCCCAUGGGGCCCGACUUUGCUGCUCUGUGUGACCUCAGGCUAGUGUCUGGGUCUCAUUUCCAAAGCCUUUUAGGGAGAGCGGGUGUGGGAGGUGUGCAAGUGAGCAGGUGCCUGACGGGAUGGGCAGCGAGAGCCUUAUGGGCUCUGGUUAAGACGGACAACUGAGAGAGCCCCGGUCAGGGGAGGGCUAGGCGCCCAGCCUCGGCCUCCCUCCGGGGCUGCUCCGCUUCCCACCCGCCCGCUGGGCGAGCACCCAAGGAGGCACCGGCCACCAAGCCCCACCCCUUGCCCCGAGGCCCCGCCCCUGGAGCGAGGUCCCGCCCCCUCAGGCCCACCUCCCGAGCCCGCCCAAAUCCGCGCCUCCGGAGCUCCGGCGGUCAGAGCUGAGCGGCCUAGGCCGUGUCCUGGACCGUCCGGAGCAAGCAGACCCCGAACCGGGUCUUUAGAGAAACCUUGGAACGCGGAGGCUUCUGGGGAAUAAAGUUCCCACCGGCCACCCUAGGCCUGUUUCACGCAUGCGCCAGCCGCCGCCUCGCAGCAAGGGGCGGAGUCUGUAGGGGCAGUGGGUGGGGCUUCUAGAGCCUGCGCAAUGAGCGUCGGUCGUACACCUGCGAAGUCCGAGGGGCUCGGGGGCCCGCUUCCCUCCACACCCGGUGCCGCAAAGGUGGAAUUCGUGUCCGGACCGGUCUGACUGGCCUCAUGCAGGCCACCCCGGUCACGCUGGCUUCUGGGCCACCUCUGAUUUGAUCCCGCCCUUCCUGGGGGCUCCGUUGGGCACCAAAGACUGGGGGCGCAGGUCCUUGACCCACCCUACUGCCCUAAUCGCUCCGAGGGGUGAAGAUCACCAGUGCCAGGCCCAGACCCAAGUACUCACAUCCAUUGUCAUCCCGUCACACACAGACACAGACACAGACACACACACACACACACACACGCACGCACACACACGGCGACCCUGUGUGGCAGGUGUUACCUGCCAACUUACAGAUGAAAGUGGGAGACGCUGGUGGGGUGGGGAGCUGGUGGUCCCUGAGCGCGCCAAGAGAAGCUGCAUUUUCAGAAAUGAGCUACAAACAACACUUGCGAAUGAAGCCCCUGUCGUCGCCAAUUGUAAGAUCAGUUUUAGCAAAGGUGUGUAAAUAAAACAUUUUUUAUCAGUUAGAAACCUAUAAACCUCAGAGCAGUUUGUGCUCUCAGACAUCUUAGCCUCUGUCUGCCAGGCAGAGGCUGUUGGUUGAAGUGCCUCAAAACAGGGGCCCUGAGGUAGGCGAGCGAUGGCUGGGGUUCCCCGGCCCACCGCAGGCCGGGGAGCUGAGGCUGACUUCAGGCUCACCUCCUGCCCUCCUUCCUGGCGAGCUGCAGGUCCUGGGAGGGAUGACGACGUGCCUCAGAUGCAUGGAGGCUGAGUCACCCAGGCUGGCCGUGCCCCUCGGAGCCCAGGCUGGGCCACCACCCACCUGAGAAGGAAGGGUGGGUGGCUGCUGUGCUGGGAGAGCUGGGGCCUCCUGGGAUCUUGGGAACCCCAUCUUUGAGCUCCGCCCCACGGCCCCGCCCCUCCCCAGGAGGGAAAAGGCAGCUGCCAGUGGCUUGCCUCACAGGCACUGGGACCCGGCCCACAGGACGAGAGGGGACACCGCUGCCAUCAGCACUGCAGGCUGGGCCAUGGACCCACAUGAGAUGGUCGUCAAGAACCCGUAUGCUCAUGUCAGCAUCCCUCGGGCUCACCUGCGGCCUGAUCUGGGGCAGCGGCUGGAGACGGCUCCUCCUUCCUUGGGGUCCCAGCCUCUGCCUGUGGGAUCCUGCACCUCAGAGCCCACCGGGCUCCUGCAGCCCUCCGAGGAGGCUCCAGGGAGCAAGGGGGCCAAGGGGACCACCCGGGUCCAGGGCCAGCAGAGCUGGCAGCAGCCCUGCAACCCCUACAGCGGUGGGCAGCGCCCGGCAGGACUGACCUACGCUGGCCUGCCACCCAUCGGGCGCGGGGAUGACAUCGCCCACCACUGCUGCUGCUGUCCCUGCUGUUCCUGCUGCCACUGCCCUCGCUUCUGCCGCUGCCACAGCUGCUGCUGCGUCAUCUCCUAGCCCAGCCCCUGCCGGGCCGAGGGGCCUCCCGCAGGACCCCAACAUGGCUCAGGCAGCCACAGCGGUGCCCACAUGUUUGGGGCAGCCACUGGACCAUUGUCGUGGGAGGUGGCCACUUUCCACCCUGGAUAGGAGUAUCUACCCGCCACAGAGGCCAACAGCCCAGCUCCGGCCCCUUGAAACAGAGCCCUGGGCACUGGCUGUAAUGGCAGCCCUGGGGACACCCUUGACCACCUCCCUCAGGGCCCGCAGCCCCGGCAAUAAAUCAGAGUGACCUUUG